CGAAGAUCAAUUUCAGGUGGGAUUCCUUGAUGAAAGAUGCGUGCUCAUUAACUUUGCCAAAGAAAGGGAUUAUAAUCGACUUUUCAUGAGAAGGUAUUGGUAUAUAAAGGGUUUGUGAUGAAGAUCUUUAAAUGGACUCAUGAUUUUGAUCCAUCUAAUCUCCCCCCUAUUGUGCCAACCUGGAUUUCACUCCCUGGUUUGCCAAUCCAUUUGCAUCAUAAAUCAGCUCUGUUCUCAAUUGCAAAAAUGAUAGGUAUGCCUAUGACCAUAGACACUGCAACAGCUACCUUUAAUAGGCCCUCACUGGCCCGGGUUUGUGUAGAACUUGAUCUGUCCAAAGAGAAUCCAAGAAAGAUCCACAUUCUGGAUGGAGACAGGCAUGUAUUCCAGGAGGUUAUUUAUGAAGAUCUUAAGGCAUUUUGCUCUAAGUGCAAGAAAACAGGUCACUCCCUGAGCGAAUGUAAGGUUUCAUUGAACAAAAAAGUGACAGGAAAGAACACUUGGGAGAGGACAGCUGCUAAUCACAAAGAGAAUGCCAAGGAGGAAUGGCAGGUUGUGAAGAGAAAAGGAACUAAAUUGGGCACUAGUGGUGGAGAAAACUCAAAGGCAGGACCCUCAAACUCACAGGGUGAUAAACCAUCACCUGAAACUGAGGAGGAGAGGGCCAUAAAUCAAGCUUCCAAGCUGAUAUGUACAUCAUCAUCACCUGAAGUUCACGGCGAUAAGGAUGCUACUAAGCCAUCAACUGAAACUGAGGAGGAGAGGGCUAAAUAUCAAGCCUCCAAAGUGAUAGGUUCAUCAUCAUCAUCUGAAGUCCAUAGAACAGAGGAGGAGGGUACUAUAAUUCAAGCUAAAGGAUCUGUUACAAUUCCAGAAGUCCAUAACUUUGUAGAGGAAAGGAUGGUUACAGAUGCUGGAGCUAACCAGGAAAAUAACAAUGAUGCUACUGUAGAAACUUUGAAUCUUUCAAGUGCUCAGGGCAUUAACCCGCAGGAGAACAAUGAGGGUGGAAAAGACAUGGCUCAAGACACACUAGAAUCCUCCCAACAAUUAAACGAAGACCAUCAUCAUUUUGAAGAGGAGUACAGUGGAUCACUCUCAGACAGUGAAGUGCAACUAAGAAACAACAAGGCAAAUACUCCAGACAACAGUUUUAUAGCUAGUCAGACCAGGCUGGGAAUGGACCAUAUCCUUGCUAGCUCAUCUAAUAAAAUAUGGGUGGCCUGGAAAGCAAAUUCUUUUAGCCUCAUUUCCAGCGAAGAUAAUGGACAGAUGCUUCACUGUCUGUUCAAACUCAAUAACUCCAAUGCUUAUAUCUAUCUCUCAGGUGUUUAUGGAGCUCAUGAUGAAGGCAACCGAAGCUUACUUUUUUCAGAUAUUGUGGAAUUUGCUAAAAAGGUUGGUUCAAAACCAUGGGUUCUUGGUGGUGAUUUUAAUGCUAUCUCUGCAGCUGAUCAGCACAAAGGGAAAAGUGAUCCAAACCUUAGAGAAAUUGGGAGAUUUCAACAAUGUAUUCUGGAUAGUGAACUUCAAGAAAGUUCAUUCACCGGCCCCCCAUCACUUGGACAGGGAUUAGAUCCAAUGGACGUGUCUGGAGACAGCUAGAUAAGAUUUUAUUUAAUGACAGCUUGGACAACUUCUUCACCCUUCAUUCGUUGGCCCACCUUCCUAGAGGGGAAUCCGACCAUUGUCCUCUCCUGUUCAAAACCCUUGCCCCUAAUCACUCUAUUAAUAAACAGUUCAAGUUCUU